GGGAGGGAGAGGAGAGGUGUGACUCUCAUUCUGUUCCUCUGUGUGUUUUCAGGAGAGGAGAGGGAAGGAGAGGGAGAGGAGAGGGAGAGGGAGAGAAGAGAAGGGGAGGGUGUGCGUGUGUUCUGGGACCGGCUAAGGGAACCCUCGUUCUCGUCUCGGUGGAACCCGUUCGCUACAGACUACCCAUUCAGCACCUUUACCUAUCACCCUGUCAGGAACAUAGACCACAGGUUCACUGCUCUCUGUGAGAUCCAGAGUUUCCGUGAGAUGCUGAUGGAGUCAGCCCAGAAGGCCCACCUAAAGAUGCCCGUCCCUGGCAAGGCCAACGGGGUCCUGGUGCUGAACCAGCCCCUGCUCAUCGAGGCCUACGUGGGUCUCAUGUCCUAUAUCGGUAACCAGAACAAACUGGGGUACAGUCUGGCACGGGGAAACAUUGGGUUUUAAUCUAGGAUUUCGACUUUGUGCUUUUCAAUGUACAAUACUACUUCAUUACUUAACCCUAUUUUACAGUUGUGGCCGAGUUACAGAUUUGAAGUAAUAUUGUAAAAAAAAUUGUAUACAUCAGGUUUUAAAAGCUCUAGUGAGACAUUUUUAAAUAUACAUUUGUACUUGAUAUGCUUCUGAACACUUUGUUUACAUUUAUUUUGUCAGAUUUACAGAUUUGAAGUAGUAUUGUCUAUUUGUAUUUAAUAGUUCACAACAAGGAAGUGUUUUUACUCUCAUUUCAAAUGUGCUUUAGAGGUGAUUUGUUGGUUGGUUUUCUUGGCUUGUUCAACUAAAGUCUGUCUAAAAUUGAAACGUAUGUAGUUCUCUAUCAUUAGGAUUACCUACAGGACUAAGGGAUAGUCUACUGUAAUUUCAUACUCAAAUUACCAUGCCAAAUUGUUCCUGCCGUCACAGUCAAUAAAGAUUUCACAUUAC